GUUUCAUGGGGAUAAUCAAGUAUGAUUCAAGCUGAAAGGUUAUUUUCCUGAACCAAAAGAACAAGGAAAUGUUGCUGGAGAACUUCAAAGAACAGAUUGCUUUGUCUGUGAGAAGCAUCCAGUGGAGCUAUGCAAUAUUCUGGUCUAUUUCAUCUACCCAACUCAGGGUGUUAAGUUGGGGAGAAGGAUAUUACAAUAGAGACAUUAAGACAAGGAAGACAAGUCAAGGAGUGGAACUCAAUUCUGAUCAGAUAGGGUUGCAGCGGAGUGAGCAGCUUCGAGAGUGAUACAAGUCCCUCAAAGCUAUAGAUGCCAGCCCUCAAAUUAAGCAACUUCACCGAUGCUCUCCCUAUGUACUACUCUGAGAAUAACAAGAGGCUUAUUCACUUCUCUACUUGUGAAGUUCCAUUUAUUCUGCCCUGCAGAGGUCAGUAACUCUUCAUAACUUAAUUGUUAUCAGAUCUCAUUAUCCUUCUUGUUGCUGCAGCUGUGUUAUUAGAACUCCUUUUUUUUAUUUUUUACUUUUUAUUUCGUAUCUUAUCUGAAAUUGUUGGUUAUAAUGGCUUUCCAAAAGGAUUUUAUCAAAAUGUUCAAUCAUAGGCAUUUAGUUGACACUUUUCGAGACUAUAAGUAUCUGGGAACCUGAAACCGUGCUGAUGGAACAGUUGGGGAGUAAGCAGCUCAAUUAUUUAUCCAUUAUGCUUUCUUGUCCUUCUUUUCUUUUAUAAUAAAACUUAUUUAUGAACUUCUCAUCAUUUCCACUCUUAUUCCACUGUCAAGGUACAAGUGGAUGACUUUUGGAGAAGCAGGUACUACACGGUCAGCUAUAGGCUCUGGUCUGAUUUAUUAUGGAAUUCCAAAGGGAAGCAGCAAUCUUCAGCCCUUUAGCCACCAAAACCUGAUGAUGUUGCAACUAUUUGCUAUACAAGUGGUACAACUGGAACCCCAAAGGGGGCUGUCUUGACCCAUGCAAACUUCAUUGAAAAUGUUGCUGGGACCACUAUGGAUGAAAAAUUUGGCCCUUCUGAUGUUUAUAUAUCAUAUCUCCCUUAAGCACACAUUUAUGAGCUGACAAACCAAGUCAUGCAUGUACAUUUUAAUGAGACUCAGAUCACACAUUUGCCAAAAGAGGUCCAGAAGAUAUUGAGGUUAGAACAUGGCUUCAAUUGGGGUGUCAGAGAUGCUUGGAAACCCCAUCAAGUUGAGUGGUGCAACAAGGUCAGCACCAUCAGCUUCUAGCCCUGCCACCUUCGAGACUGUGGCUCUCUUUGGUAAGAAGAAGGCAGCACCACCUCCUCCUUCAAAGAAAGCUGCUGCUGCUGUCACUCCUGCCAAUGAUGAACUCGCCAAGUGGUAUGGUCCUGACAGAAGGAUCUUCUUGCCAAAGGGUCUCUUGGACCGAUCCAAGAUCCUACCAUACUUGACUGGAGAAGUGCCCGGAGACAAGAAGCCGGAGGACAUUGCCAAGAUUCUGGAUGAAGUUGAAAACCUUGCUACUAAUUAUAAUGAGACCGAGUUUAAGUUGUAUUGUUUCUGUAUUUUUUUUCGAUUUUUAGUUUUGGAAUUCGAACUCAAGAUUUAUUUUGUAUUUGAGUAUUAGUUUUUUAAUGUAUAA